CAAUAUUUUUGUCUAACACGUUACACAUAAAUUCGAGUCAUGAAAAUAAUCAAAUACGCGUGUAUUUAACUAGUUUUUGUUUACGAAAUAUGAGAGUUUCAAAAUCAACAAUAGUUGUUCUUAUAUCAAUGGUGUUGUUUUCCAUUGUUUUGGCUAAUGUUUUAAAUUUACUCAGUACAAAUGCACUCACACCAAAAUCAUUUAACAGGGAUGAAUUCAUACAAAUUGGAAAAUCAUACAGACACCUCAACUGGUUCUUACAAAUCUCAGACAUACAUAUAAGCACAUUUAAAGAUCCAAAUAGGAUUACAGAUUUUAAGGAGUUCUGUCAGUUCACAAUAGAUGCAAUCAAACCUUCCAUAGUGUUGGCAUCAGGAGAUUUAACUGAUGCCAAAACUAGUGAUGCCAUUGGGUCACAACAGUAUGAAUCUGAGUGGAAACAUUACAAAAAUGCCCUUGAUGAGGCCAAAGUCAAAGAUAAAACUGUGUGGUUGGAUGUAAGAGGAAAUCAUGACAGUUUCAAUGUUGCUACCUCAUCCUCAAAGCAAAACUUCUUCACAAAUUACUCAGUACAAGGUAAAACCCAUCCCAGAUCCUAUCUUUACCAGCAGUACAAAGGUGGCGACUUGUAUACAUUCAUUGCCGUCGACGCAUGCUUGGAACCUGGUCCAAAACGCCCUUUCAAUUUUGUGGGAGUCCUAGAUGAGGUGGAGGUGGACGAAAUUAAUGGGCUGAUGGAAAAAACACGAGCUACCGGUACAAAUUAUACUAUCUGGUUUGGGCAUUUCCCCACCUCUUGUAUUUUGUCACCAAAUGAAAUAAACGUGAGAGACUUAAUUGGGCAGUUAGACUCUGGUUUGGUUUAUUUGUGCGGUCAUUUGCAUACUUUGGGCGGAUUGGUGCCUAGAAUGUAUUCAUUACAAAAAGCUGGGUUUAUGGAAUUGGAGUUGGGUGAUUGGAAAGACAAUAGAAUGUAUCGUAUUUUAGCGGUGGAUCACGGAUUACUCUCCUUCAUAGAUAUCAAACAUAAUAAAUGGCCUGUUGCUUUAAUAACUAAUCCUAAAAAUGCGUUAUUUUACAAUCCUAUGAAAGAAAACCUUCUAAAUAUGCAAAUGUCAACUCAUAUACGGGUUUUGGCUUUUUCUUUGGACAAAAUACAGUUUGUUAAAGUGCGCAUCAACGAUGAGAAAUGGAAAGACUGUUAUAAUAUAAACGGACCUUUGUAUGUGGUUGAAUGGGAUCCUAAAUUAUAUUUAAGUGGUUUACAUUUUAUAGAGGUGAUGGUGAGGGAUGUUACAGGUAGAGAAUCGAAAGAAUCGCAUUCAUUUUCCUUAGACGGGACCAAAGUUUCGUUCGGGUUUUUGCCAAAAAUCGCAUUGAUGACGAAUGUCAGUAGUAUCUUCAAGGCUUUGUUUGGUGUGAUGGUGAUUGCUUCAAUUGCUCCAUUAUGCAUUCUGAGAUACAUCAACAAAUUGACAAUAGUUGGAAAAAUCAGUCGUCCGAAACUCAGAGGUUGUGGCCGAACUUGGUUGAGAAAACUGUGGGUUCUUUCUUCAGUAAACAGACUGUUUUGGCCCUUAGUUUUGUACCCUAUAUAUUUGAUCAUUGGACCUUGGUCAAUUGGGUAUUUGGUUGAGGAUCAUAUAGGAGUGAUUUUUGCUUGGGGAAUAUUUGUCAAAGGCUCUUACUUACCUGGGUCUUUCACUUAUGCCUACGGUUUUGUACAGUUGUUAACAUUUCAAUUGCCUCUGACGUUCAUUUUAGCAAAUGUUGCAGAUCAGAGAUUUAAAUUGUUGCUGCAAAAAUCCCCAAAAAGAGACUCGAUAUUCUCAAAAGCAUUCAGGCAUAUACCUUUCAUGAUAAUAUUCAGUAUGCAAGUAAUACUGGCAUACUUGUUUUGGUUGGCGUAUGGAACGAUGGCUUUUUUCCUCGGACCUCUAAGAACUUGGUCGAUAUUUUUGGCAAUGGUACUCUAUUGGAUUGCGCUGAAUUUACCCGAAAAUUGCACGAAGAAAACUGGUUUGGUUUGGAAUGUGAAACAAGAACCUCCAAUUGUCCAAGACAAUACGUCAAACGAAUCUGCGUACUCCGAAUGAUAUUUAUUAUAUUUAUUUAAAGAAUGAAAAUAUGACACAUACCAAAGAAUAUUUUUUUUUUAGUUUUUUUUUGUGUAUAUGUGUUCUAUAAACAUUUUUUGUUCAUACAUGUACUGCAGUUAAUUAUGCGUAUGAAGCAUUUAAUUGGUAAAUAAUUUAGUAAAUUUGCAAAACAAAUUUUAAUCUACCUUAUUUCCAUCAAAUUAUUCUUCCCACUUUGUAAGUUCCUAUUUUCAUACAUCCACUAAUUGUAUUACACUUAAUUUUCACUAUAGCUACUACUUCUCUUAGAACUGAACUUUAUGGACCUGUAUAACAUUCCUUAAAACUUUCACAAUUUUUGUAGUAGCAGUAACCAUCUUACAUAACUCAAUACUUAGAAUAUGUAACUUUGUUAGAAUAAUUCAUUGUACGUGAUGUGAUAGAUAAUCACUAUUUUUCUAUUUCCUUCAAGAACGUUAAAUAAUAGGAAAUGAUUUAAAAAGUCAUCGAAACAAAAUUCUGUGAUAAAUAAGCGUUUUGAUGAUUUUUUAGUUAUGGAUUGACGAUUUCUGAUUCUUAUGCGCGUGCCUUUAGUUCUAAACCUUUCAAACGUAUUAUUUAUUAUAUAUUUUUGAAAUGUGAUUCGAUAUAGGUUCAAGCACUCACAUAAUUAUUAAGUGUCUAAAUACCAUAAGUAAAUAAAUGACUAUAUUACA